CGAAUUAUUCUACACACGUUUUUCACAGAGUCUAUUUAAAAUCAUCAAAUCAAAGCAUUUUAAGAGGAUAGAAAAUUUGCCUGGUGAAAACUUGAAAAUUGAAGUGAAACGAAUUGAAGCAAAUUUCGGCUCAAGUGUACUGUUCGGCCUGGUAUUGUUCGAGGAGCUCAUAAGAGUAGAAAAUCAAAACAUUGAUAAGUCAGUGUUGCUUUCAAACCAGUGCCAGAAGCACGGACAUACGUCGACAAUGAAUUUGUGUUUAGUCAUAUUUCAAGCAUUCAUAUUUGCCGUUUUAAUACAGUAUCAAUUUGUGACAGAGGUGGAAGCUGAGAAAGAUUCGUCAUUUUCAGUCAGCAAUUGGUUCAGCGGCAUAGAAAAAAAGAUAAACGUACAGUUCCCAAACGACGAAACACAAUACGAUGCCAGUGAAUGCUCUGAUGAAAUCAAAAGGUCAUCCAGUCCAACAGUGGACGUGGAUAGGGGCAUGAUGCACGAUGUAUUUCAAAAUAUUAAAAAGACUGCAGAGGACAUUAUAAAAAUACCUAGAAGACUAGCGGAACAACAAUUUGACAUAGAUAUGUUACCUUCCAAGAAACGCGUCAAAAUUAAUCAGGCGGCAUCGGAAUCAAACUGGGCAGAUAUGAGUUCGGUAGACCAUGAUACUAGUGACGUCACUGAGGAAAAAAACUCUCAAAACGAAACACCGAAGCCUGAAACUUCGAAACACAAAAAGAAGCGAAUAAAGAAACGCAAAAGAAAAAACAGAGGUCAUGAGACCACCAGGACAACUACAGAAGCGAGUGUCGAAAAAGAUCUCGCAGAAUUUAGAAGUAAAUAUAAAAAGGAACGUAAGAAGAAAGUUAAUAAAAGAAGAUUUGUAAAAACUACUUUCAAAGAGGCAAAUUCAACAGCUAAUUCUGAUGAAAGCACAAGACGAGGAAAACCAGUUGACAUCAUAGUACAUAUCAAAAUGAAUGAAUAAAGUAUUUAUAAGUAGUUUAAAUUGUUGUCUCGUUUAUUUCUUUUCGACAUUUCAAAUGUAGUCAUUUUUGCUUUUUCAAAGUUCAUGUACAAUCUGGGGGCAGUUUUCAAAUCGUCCACUGUUUUUCGAAACACGCACUUGAAA